AUGGUCGAUAAAUCAUCAAUUUUUGCUGUCAUCGCCAGGGACUCAGACAGUAUCUCAGCGGGACUAGUUGGCUUGUCUAUUUCCUAUGCAUUACAGAUAACCCAAGUGCUGAAUAUGGCCGUUAGAAUGUCGAACGAUUUGGAGUCGAACGUGGUGGCGGUAGAACGUGUAAACGAGUACACGCACACGCCAACAGAGGCGGAAUGGGAAUCCAGUGUCAUUCUACCGAAGGAUUGGCCCAAGACGGGAAAUAUUGAGUUCGUUAAUUAUUCACUGCGUUAUCGAGAAGGUCUGGAUCUGGUGCUGAAAGGCAUUGACUGCUGCAUCAAAGGAGGAGAGAAAAUCGGAAUCGUUGGAAGAACGGGGGCCGGCAAGAGUUCUUUGACUCUUGCUCUAUUUCGCAUCGUUGAACCAGCAGACGGAGAUAUAAUUGUCGACGAUGUCAAAAUAUCUUCGAUUGGGCUGCACCAGCUAAGGACAAAGAUUACCAUAAUUCCUCAGGAGCCAAUGUUGUUCUGCGGGACGUUGAGGCGGAACCUUGACCCUUACUCGGAAAAAAGCGAUCUGCAGAUAUGGAGAGCUUUGGAGGCGGCUCAUUUGAAGGAAUUCGUUGCCGGCCUCUCGGAAAAGCUGGAAUACAAUAUUCUAGAAGGAGGGGAAAACCUAAGCGUCGGCCAACGCCAACUGAUGUGCCUCGCUCGCGCAAUGCUUCGAAAAACAAAGGUCAUCGUUCUGGACGAAGCUACAGCCGCUGUUGAUCUCAAGACAGACGACCUGAUACAAAGGACGAUUAGACAGUGCUUCGCUGAUUGCACAAUUCUAACGAUCGCGCAUCGCCUAAACACGAUUAUGGAUUCGAACAGGGUAUUGGUUUUGGACCAUGGUCAGAUCGCCGAGUUCGAUUCACCAGCAAAUCUUCUGGCAAAUAGGACUUCAAUAUUCUUCGGAAUGGCACAGGAUGCAGGUUUGGUCGAGCCAGAAACGUAA